AGAUCACAGACAUUGACAUCCACUAAUAGGAUAGCAGAAAGACCUCCCCCCCAUUCAUACAUACUAAAAUCCGAGAAUCAACACCACAUGGGACUUUAUUUAAUUAAUCACCUGUUACAAAUUAAUAUAUAUAUAUACUAAAACUAAACAAGUGCCAACCUGAAGAAACUGUUAAGACACCGUAUCAAACAAGUAAAGCGUAAAACUAUAUAAUGUCAACUCUUUUGGAAGUUUUGAUAACAUGUGAUUCAAAUAAUCCACUAUGGACAACUUGUGUUUGGGAUCCACAUACCGGCACAAAUCUCAUGACUUACAAAGGUGGCGGAACAGCUGAAAUGAAAACUCUGUCUUUAAUCGGGAAUGAUUACAUAGCAGCUGUUGAGCGAACUAAACCAAUUUUACAUGUUUGGCCCCUGAAUUCUCAACAGACCGUGCAAGGCAUGCGUUUCAUUUUACCCGGUAAAGCGAAUGCUUUAGCUAUUACACGCGAUGGAUCUUUCAUAGCAGCGGGUAUAGAUGAGAAAAUUUAUUUGUGGCAAACAUCAUCAGGCAACUUGUUAACAAUUAUAAACCGUCACUAUCAAAAAGUUGUAGCAAUAAAGUUUACUGCAGAUGGAAGGUUUUUUGUUUCAGCAGCAGAAGAUGGAAUGGUGAUGGUAUGGUCUUUAGUUGCUGUUGCAGCUCAUCCAGAGGUAGAGCAUAUUGCCCAAACAAUAGCUGGUCAACAUGACCCAGUAUAUAUAUUUUCUGACCAUUCCUUGCCUGUGACAGACUUGUACAUCAGCAAAACAGGCAUGCAUGGUCGUUUAACUACUGUGUCUUGUGAUAGAUUGUGUAAAAUAUAUGAUUUAGCUUCAGGUGAAAUGCUCUUGAAUUUGGUCUUUGAUGUACCUCUGUCAGCAAUAACAAUGGAUGUUUUAGAAUUAAAUAUUUUUAUUGGGACCACAGAAGGCAAAAUCCAUCAAUUCAGCCUCACCAACCCUCCAAGAAGCAGGGAUGUACUAAUUAAUAUUGAAAAUAAUUGUUCUACAUUUCAUGGACAUACUAAAAUAGUUAACUGUUUAUCAGUGUCAUUGGACGGAGAAACUUUGAUGUCUGGUUCAAGUGAUGAACAAGUUAUUCUAUGGCACAUACCCAGUUUGCAACCAAUUAGAACCAUACGCCAUAAAGGACCUGUAACUAAUGCAUUUUUUACAGUUAAUUUUCCAGCAAUAUUUGAACAAGACUUUUCUCCUAAUAUUAUUCUACAUAGUUUAGACAGGACAUUAGAAAAAGAUUCAGAUGAUGUUACAGAAAUAGAAGUAUUAGUAAACAAGAAAAUACCUUUUUGGCCAGUAAUCCAUGAGAAUGAAAUUCAGUCUAGUCAAUCAAAGGAGAUGGAAAAUGAAUUUAAACAAAAAGAAUUGAUAAUUAGAGAAGAAUUAGAAAAAAUGAAGAAAAUUAACGCUAGAUUGUAUGCUUUUACAAUAGAUAAAACACUCAAAUCUGAUCCUGAUCUUCUUAAAAAUAAUAAUAAAAAUGUAAACAAAAAAAAGAAAAGAAAAGCUAACUGAAAUAAUAAAAUAUAAUGAUAAAA